GCAGGUCCGCUACAGCCGAUGAAAAAGGUGCGACGUAACAGGCACGGAGAAGAGGCGCUGGUAGUAGCGCUGGUACCCUAGCGCUGGUUGGGGUGGUAAUCAAAUGCGGAGGAAGCAAAGCUGUCUGCUCCAGUUGUGAUUUGUAGCUCACGCCUGGCAUGCUGAGUGUUCUGUCAGGGGCCGAAGCACGCCGGGAAACAUGUCGCACUUCUUGCCGGAACUCGAACAGGAAUCGUUCAGCCCUGAAGACUUUGUUGAGCGCCUUGCCUGGCGCAGCCUGGGAGGCAACAUGGACCCCGAGACGUUUGACCCCAGUGUGCUGCAGGAGGCAUUCAAGCAAGGCAUUCGAGACCUGCAGGUCCUUUUUGAGAUGACCCAGAAAAAGUGCGAACGCCUCGAGAUGAUCUGUCGUGAGGAGGAAGCACGUCAUUGCCACAAGGUGGCUGAACUCCAGGACAAGAACAAGUCCUCGUAUGCCACGUACAAGGAGCUGGAUUCGCAGAUUGGCUAUGUGGCAAUGAAGGUGGUGCACUUGGGAGAUCUCCUGGAAAGUGUGAACACACCCCGUUCACGUGCUGUCGAGGCACAGAAGCUGAUGAAGCACUUUGCAGAGUUUCUUCGCCCAGAACAUGGGUCGCACACGGGCAUCUUCCAUGACCCAGCCAAGCUUCACGAAGCAGCUGACAUUAUCCAGAAACUUCAUCUUAUAGCUCAAGAGUUGCCUUAUGGAAAGUUUGAGAAGGCACGUUUCAAGAUUGCACAGAAGUACAAUGAGAUUGAGAAGGCCCUGAUUGCCGAAUUUGUGCGAGCACAUCAUGAGGGUGACAAGGAGACCAUGAGGCAAGUGGCGGCUGUUCUGUCCCACUUUAGGGGCUAUGCAAACUGCAUUGACACAUUUAUUGACGAGAGCCAAAUGGGUGCAUUCAUGAAGAAGGAUAUGUUCUCAAACAUAGUGCCUCUUUGUGAACGGAGUGAGCAAGUAAUUGAAGAGGUCUUUACAAACCCGGAGCAAGUAAUGUGCAAGUUUGUGUCCAACAUCUACAAUGGAAAGCUGCAGGAAUACAUUCAGUCAAACCUAAGUGACCGUAGUGACCCAGAGAAAUAUCUUCGGACCUUGUAUGAGCUUUACUCAAAAACAAUGCAGCUGUCCUCCAACCUGUCCAAGUUCAAGAUGGGAAAUGACCCUGCUUUCCUGAAGAAGUUGACACGCCAGAUUUUCUCCAAGCAUUUGGACCCGUACCUAUCCAUUGAGAUGCAAUACCUGAGGGACAAAUGCUGCACUGUGCUCAACAGGUACUACGAGUCCAAGAACCACCACAAGCGGCAGUUUCAGUUUGGCGGAAUUCACGACCUUCGUCGUGACCUUCAAGCGAAGCUUGGUGCCCGUUCCAACAUCAAUAUUGCUCCAACAGUGGAGAACUUUGGUGGCGAGACAUUUCUCUCUGAAGAAGUGGCCAUCAAUCUCCUGCAGGAGAGCAAGCUUGCCUUCCAACGCUGCCAGCUGGUCUGUCAUUUGUGCACUGCAUGUGCCCACUCAUUUUCAGUGGACUUUUUCUCUAUGAUAACUUUAUGGGGCCAUGCACGAACAUCAUACUUUAUCUAUGUAAAACACCUGUCCACUCCCGAACAUGGUGUAUGCUUGCAGAAGAAGCGCGAACUCACUGAACAGAUGGAGAUCAAGAUGGACACUGGUUUGGAUCGUUCGUUGGCGGCCAUUAUUGGCUGGGUGCACUGCAUCCUCCAAACGGAACAGAAGAAAACAGACUUCAAGCCAGAAGUGGAGGAUGUCAUUGAGACUACCAAGGUCGCUCAAAAGGUUGUCAAGUAUGUGACCAAGUGCAUUGAAAAGCUCAGGGAUUCUCUUGAUGGCACCAAUGUGGAUGCUGUGCUUUUGGAGUUGGGUGUCAGGUUCCACAGAACGAUCUAUGAGCACAUCCAAACAUUUCAAUACAGUACUGUGGGUGGCAUGAUCCUCAUCUGUGACCACAAUGAAUACCGCAAGUGUGCCAAACUGUUCAAGAUCCCUGCCCUGGACAAAAUGUUUGAUGUGCUGCAUGCCCUCUGCAACCUGCUGGUGGUGGCACCGGAAAACCUCAAGGAUGUUUGUCGGGACGACCAACUGGCAAGCCUGGAGAGGGGUGUGUUAGUGAAUUUUGUUCAGCUGAGGACAGACUGCAAGGUGCACAAGCUGGUUAACCAGUUCAAGUAAGCACGCUUGGCCUGGAAGUGCUUCGUUACAGCACUGCAAUAAAG